AUGAACGAAGAAGCUAUUCGUCAAAUGGAGGCGAGCCUUGCUGCCUUGGAGAAGAAUAUUGCUGCCAUGGAAAAGAACAUUGCAGAUGCGCAACGCGAAGCAGCCGCGAUGCGACAAAUUCUCAACAACACCACAGGUUCUCGUACAGCGAUGGACAAGGCGCUCGAUGACAUGCUGGCUCAAGUUGAGAAGGGCCGCCAGGCACGGGACGGGACUUCCCACCUAGGCGACCGUUAA